UUUGAAAAAUAUAUCUUUCAAAAAUAGAAUAUUGAUUUGUUUGAAAAAUUUGUAGCAAAAUUCAAGAAUAAUAUAAGGAUAAUGUAUUUCCAUAAAAUUAGAGUUUUAUUAAAUGAUUAUUAUAUUUCUUCAAGUAUAUUUUUGUAGGCUCGUUACGUAUGCAAUUUCUUGUUUUAUGAAGAACAGAAUAAAUGAUAAUCAGACGAUGCUUUAAUGGAUGUAACUAUUAGGACUCAUCAUUCCAACUAGGAUUUAUUACCUUUUGUUGAAUCUUUUAUUGUUUCAAUGUUGUUUUGUUCAAAAGUAGUAUCUGCUUUUUUGAUCAAUUACGUUCUUUUUUCUUUAACUACUACAUUUAGUGCGCAAUUCAUCAGAUUUAACAUUUUAUCAUUUGAUGAAAAUUUAUAAAAUAAUUCUUCAAUUUUAUUAGAGAAUUCCAAUCUUAUUAAGAUAAGAUAUGCAAUAGAAAGUGUCGAUUGUCAAAAAUGCCAUGAAUUUUUCGAACGAUCCAAUAUGAAAAAUAUGACAUAUUUAUUUUUCGCUAAUCUUUACUAUGUAUCCGUAGAAACCAUUCAUCUGAAUGCAAAUCAAUUUAAAUAACAAUAACAUAAUUUCAAGAGACGAAUACGGCUAAUGACUCACACAUUUCAUAUCGUUUAACUUUGAACUAAUUUAAUAACUAAAUUAGUGAUUUACAAAUAAAUGAAAAAAACGAAAAAGCUUAAGUAACUGACUGACAUUUUUUUAAAGUAUGGUUGAUCGCUCUGAAACUUCAAAUGCAAAUUUAGAAGAUAUUACAAAAGCAUUAGAAGAUAUGGACAGUUUAGAUAUAAAAUUAUUUAAUGACACAUUUAAAAAUUCAAAUUCCAACAGUGUUCUCAAAGAUUUUAAUAUACAAUCUGAUGGAGAAAUUAAAAAAAAAGUUAUAUUUAAAGAUUCUAAUGAGGAUGAUUUAUUAACUGAUUUGUUAUCUGAUGAAGAAAUUUCUGUAAAAGAAGAAAAGAAUCAGUUUACAUCUAAUAUCAAAAGUAACUUGAUGGAAGAUCUUUUCAAAAUCAAAAAUCCAGUUACAUCUGCAAAUAUUAAAUCAAAUAAUGAAUUGGGGUUUCAUUUUGAGCAAGCAGAAGCUAAUCGGUUGUCUUUAGAGAAACUACCUGAUUACUCAAUUUCUGAAAAUAAUUUUGCUUCUCAAAAUGAAUCAGUCAAAGACAGAAACACACAAAAGCUGAAAAAUGUAUCUCAAAAUGAAGAGGAUAUUUUAACAAGCUUAAUUGAUAAAUCUGAUGUAAUAGAUAAAACAAGGAGACCAUCUUUAAGAGAGCAUCUAUUUGAAAAUCAAUCUAAUUUAUCAAAUGUUAUGGAUUCUAUCAUUCCUAAAAAUAAUAAGAAAAUAGAAUUAGAAACUAUGGCUCAGUCCACAAAUACUAUACAUGAAUCAAAAUUGGAUACUACUAAUGUAUCGACUAGAUCUUUUACAAAAGAAUCUCGUAGAGGUAGGAGAAAUACAAAAAUCGUGAAUGAUCCCCUUGGUUUGCUAUCAGCUGAUUUACUGCUGGAUCAAAGUCCUGAAUUGGUAUCAAAUGGAAAUGUACCACCUAAGAAUUCUAUUAUACAAAAUACCAAAACAAAAAAAGAUUUACCAGAAUGGUUAGGUGGUUCAAAAAAAUUAGAAGAUAAAAAAUCAGAAAUAAGAAUGGAAGCAAUAGCUGAAAUUGAUAAAAUAGAUACUUCUAAACAAAAUGUUGAAAUUCACGAUGCAAACAGUACAAUAAAUCUAAAGACAUCUGGCGCAAAUGAUUUAGGAGAUGCAUCUAUUUUUCCAGAACAUUUUACACUGUUGCAUAGUACACAAUUAAACCAACAAAAUGCACUUGUAAAUAUGCAACAACAAGAACAUGAAUUAAGAACAGCAGCAAUACUUUCUCAACAAAACGAACAAUUAAAUAAAAUAUCAAGUGCUCAACAUUCCAUGCUGCAUAAUCAAGAGGAACAAUUUAAUGCUCUUCUAAAACUACAAUUUGAAAAACAGCUUUUAUUGGAGAAACAAAUAAAAAUGCAGCAAGAACGUAUUAAUCAAUAUAUGCAUGUUUUGAUGACACAGCCAGGAUCAGUAUCAAGUACUACAUCGAUUUAUACAAGUUGCAAAUCGGAUUUAUGUGAAGAGGAAAAGAAGUUUGUAAAUGAAAUAAAAGAAAUGAAAGAUAUAAUAAAAAGACUGGAAGGAGAAAAAUCAAAAUUGGAGAAUAAAUUAUCUACCAUAGAUGAAAAAUACAAUAAUGAAAUAUCAUUUCAAGCAGAGUUUUAUGAAAGACAAAUUUCAUUUUUAAAGGAUUCAAUAACAAAAUCAGAAGAAAGAGUUAAACAGGAAAUAGAAUAUUUAGAAACAGAUUAUAUAACAAAAUUUGAAAAGUUAAGAGAUGAAAAAUUACAACUAGAAAAUCAAUGCAAAAAAGAAAUUCAUAAUCUAAAGAACAAACAUGCUCAACACAUAGAAGAACUUUGUAAACUACAUUCUGAAAAUGUAACACUAUUGCAAAGGGAAUAUUAUAAUAUAAUAGAAAGUAUAUCUAAAGCUAAGCAAAUAGAAGCUCAAAUGAUAGAGACUAUGACAACUCGGAAGACUGACAUAGAGGAUAUAUUACAAAAAGCUAAUGUUAUUAUUGAGGGUAUGGUAGAAAACAAAAAUAGAUUAGAAAUUAAACAUAAUGAAAUAAUGGAAUCUGAAGCAAACAUUUUAAAAUUACAGGAAGAUGACAUAAAAGCUCAAAAACAUGAAUUAAAAUAUCAAAAUAGUGUUUUAGAAGAACAUCGUAAUAAAUUUAUAGAAACAACAGAGAAAUUUGACACUCAUCUUACACAACUUAUAACUGAACUUCAAAAGCAAAGUACAUUAUAUACUCAAGCAACAGAAACACUUCAGAAAAAAACAACAAAUCUUUUGCGAGAAAAAGAAUUAUUUGAAGAAAAAAUGAAGUGGGAACGAGACUAUAUGCAGGCAUUAAAGGAAGCCUGGGUAAAAGAACAAGAGAAACAAUUAAAAUUGCUUGCAGAAGAAAAAGAAGUAAUAGCAAUUGAAAAAACACACUUAGAAGUUUUAAACAAAUUGAAAAGUAAUAGUGGUGAAACUAUUAAAGUAGAGUUGGAAACUGCUAUUAAAACUGCACAGGACGCAAAUGCAUCUGCUAGCAGAGAAAAAUUAAAAUGGCAAGAAAAAAUUAAUGAGCUUAAUGUUUAUAAGCAAAUUCUACAAGAUAAGGAAAAUUUACUCAUUUUACAUGCCAAAGAACUUGAAUAUCUUACGCAGUCGGCUUUAACUAAAAAGGAAGAAGGAGUAAAAGCUUUAAAAAAUGCAAAACAUUUAGAAAAUCAGAAUAAAGAAAAAUUUAAUCAGCUACGAAUACAAAUUCAAGCAUUGAUGGAAAGAGAAAAAAAAGUUGCAACUGAAAGAUAUAAUGUUACAAAAGAUAAAAUUAAAGGAGUCUUAUCUGCUUAUGAAACUGAAAGACCAGAAAGGGAUGUUUCACAUAACUUUCAGAAUGAGAUAAUACCUUCCUCUGGAAUACAAUCAAAAUCUGAGAUCACUACAGAAUUAAUGAGUAUUGUAGAUCCAAAUUUAAUUAUGUUAAAAUUAAACAUUAAUGAUGACUUUAAAUCUAUUAAUAAAUACAUGUAAAGCUUUGAAUCAAUAUUUUAUAAAGAUUUUAAAAUCAUAAUUUAUACAAGACUUUAAUAUUUGCAGCCAAUAUCUUUAAUACUUAAAAAUAAAGUUAUGUACAAAUA